ACGAAAACACACCUGAUAUGAGAAUGCACUGAGUGAAAGUCUCCAGCCGAGUGUGUGUGUGUGAGUGAUUAUGAACAAGGCAGCAGUGUAUUUCCACAGUUGUUUCUUUGUCCGAUGCAGACUGAGCCCCUGCUCUAAUCUGGGUUAUCUGGCCGUAAUCAGUUUAGCCCACUGCUUCUCACUUCUACUGGGUGGGCCCUUUCUGCAGCUUUAAACCUGGCUAUGCCUACACUGGGAUUCAUACACACGUGUUGAAGUGCCUGAGGAGCAGAACAAACAAUCGGGGAAGUUCACUUUGCAUGUAGAAGAGCACGGAGGAGCACAACGUUCACGGUAUUUUCGGGGAGUUCAGUCCAAACUGUGGCCAUGGCUGAGCGUCAAGAGACUGGUUCAUCGGAAGGGACACCUGCUGCGGAUGCUUACCCCAGAAAGAUACUGGAGUAUAUGGAAGGAUUCCUCAUCUCAAAGACGCUUUUCUCUGCCUGUGAGCUGGGGGUGUUUGAUGUGUUGCUGGCUUCAGAGCACCCCCUGUCUGCAGAGGAGAUCAGCCGGGCGGUCGGAGCCAGUCUGGAUGGCACACAGAGACUGCUGGCUGCCUGCACCGGCCUGCAGCUCCUCAACACACACCAGGAAAAUGGACGAGUGUUGUACAGUAACACAGAGCAGGCCAGUGUCUACCUGACGCGCUCCAGUCCUGUGUCCCUCUACGAGUCCAUCCAGUACAGCUCCAGAACCAUCUACCUCGGCUGGCACUACCUCACCGACGCUGUCAGAGAGGGAAGAAACCAGUAUGAAAAGGCUUUUGGAGUCAGCUCGAACGACCUGUUUGAAGCUCUCUACAGGUCUGAUGAGGAGAUGUUGAAGUUCAUGCAGUUGAUGAACUCUAUUUGGAACAUCUGCGGUAAAGACGUAAUCACGGCCUUUGACCUUUCGCCUUUCAACAUCAUCUGCGACGUUGGAGGCUGCAGUGGCGCAUUAGCCAAGCGUUGCACGUCAGCCUACCCAGGAUGCACUGUGACGAUCUUUGACCUCCCCAAGGUGGUGCAUAUGUCGAGGGAACACUUUGUCACUGGGGCUGACCAGAGGAUAAGCUUCCACGAAGGGGACUUCUUUAAAGACGCCCUACCAGAGGCUGACCUCUACAUCCUUGCUAGAAUCCUCCAUGACUGGAAAGACGAACGCUGCAUAGAGCUUCUCAGUAGAGUCUACAAAGCCUGCAAACCAGGAGGCGCUGUGUUGCUGGUGGAGGCGUUGCUCCACGAGGACGGCUCUGGCCCGGUGACAGUGCAGCUCUUCUCCCUGAACAUGCUGGUACAGACGGAGGGCAGAGAGAGGACAGCUGCUCAGUACGCUGCCCUGCUGGCUGCCGCCGGCUUCACCGGCGUCCAUCACCGCCUCACUGGGAAGAUCUACGAUGCUGUGCUGGGACACAAAGGGACAUGAGGCCAACAGAUACGGCUGCUCGUGUGCCAGGACUGAAAACUAACACCACCCGGAAAACAUUUUCUGUGUCUUACUAGAACUGUAAUAUUUUGGGAUUUCUUUUUAAAUGUCACCUUAAGUUUCUUCAAAUAAAAAGUUUCUCGCACUGUUUGACAAUA